AUAGAGUACUAGGGAGACGGCCCCGUGGACACUCAGUUCUGGAAGCGCUGGGACCUGGGAGCGCCGGUUCUUCUCCGGCCAGUGGAGAGCUGUGAUCACCGUUCAGCUCGUGACCCGCGGGAAAUACUGGCGUCCUUCUCCAGGGACGGAUCCUAAGGCUGUUCUGGAGGCUCCCUGCUGAGGUUCUGACCCACAUCUAGAAGGUUCUGAUGUUCUCUGACUGAUCUUCACCUGCAGCAGCGUCCGGCUUGGGGCAUUUUUUUUUUGGAUGUACUGUAUAUGAAUAUAUAUACACAGACACGGGUUGUUUCGGACCAUGAUGGACAGGAAGGGGUCCGACAUGAGCCAAGCAGGGGGCAGAGGGUCCAGGAGGUCCCGGUGGUCCCGGUUCCAUGACGGGGGGGUCCAGGGGGAUUCAGGUAUCUUACCUAUCGGCAAGAUCACCAGGCGGACCUCCGCGAAGCCCCCGUACCUCCAGCAAGCAGGCGUGGUGCACGCACGCCGCCUUGGUUUGCUAUCGGACCGUAGUGCACCGCCUCAUGUUCCUGGUCCUCUUGUGAGCCCCCUGAUUGGUGGGCUCCCUGGGAGCUCUCUCCUGAUUGGGCAGCAGGCAGCUUGUCUUCAGUUGGCACGGAUUAAAACCCAGCUAGCUCUGUCUCAAAUCAGCAGCGCUAUUGCUGCCGGGCACCAAGCCGUUGCCUCGAGGACCGUCUCCAACACCCCUCCCUACCUUGUAUCCACACAAGCCCCUUCCCCUACAGCGACGGCCAUCAAUCUGCUGAACCUUCUGAAGGUUGCGAACUUGUCCCACAAACUAUAUAACCCCUAUUCAUUAGAGAGCCAGGAUUAUCCACCUUACCAACCCCCAAGUGCCCAGGUAGACCCUGGCAAUGUGAGAGAGCCUUCUCACAUGGUCACUGGUUCAACCCCUGCAUCUAUUGGGGCCUCCUUCGCGACUUCUAUGAAUCCCAGCAACAUUCACCCAGCGAUGCACCCCAGCUCUAUGGGCUUCAUCCCUGGUCAGAGUCAGCCAGCCCCUGAGUUUAAGGGGGCCAUGAACAUCCACAUAAAGCAAGCCAAAGGAUCUACUAUAUGGUCAGGGGAGUCCAUGCCAUCUGACUGCCCUUCCUCAUCCAAGCAUGCUGCAAACAGCCCGGCCCAAUAUACCUGUGAAUCGGCCAUGGACAUCCUCAAGCGCUUCAACCUUCAAGAAGAGGACUUGGAGGCGCUGUGUGCUUACCCAGACGAUCAGCUCUCCACCGCCAACCUACCCUGCCUGCUGCGAGACAUCAGCCAAAAUAAGGCUAACCGGUUAUCUGCUGCUACUUCGUCAAGCAUGGUCCACCAGGCUCAAGGCAGCCAUUGUGCCCCAGAAACAACAUUAGGACCCGGGGCCGAUGUGAAGCGUGCGGUGAUAGCGCCUUCUGCCUUUCAGCAGCCUAUUAAAGUGAUUGAAUACGGACAUACUAGUAAAUAUAACGUAGGUAUCCGGGAAGAAGAGAAAGAUAGAGGACACCACAGCAUUAGUGUCAGGCCCAGAAGCUUAAUUGAAAGUGGCUUGAUGGGAAGUUCAACUAGCCAAAGCCGAGAGACUCUGCAAAAGGACCUAGCGCAGGCCAAACAUGGUUGUUCGUUGGCACAGAGAUCUACCAACUUGUCUCCUUCUGUUUACAGUCCGUUAACAAGUGUGACUUUUCCCCCAGUCGCUACCAACAUUAUACCCAAGAGGGAUUCUAGUGCUGAUCAGGCAGCAUCUGCAGCAAGUCAAAGACCAGCUAAAGGCACCGGACACACUAGUCACAGACCGGCGCUAGGUAGCGGAACUACCAGUCAUAAAGCAACCACGGGACCUACUGGAACUAACCGUCACAAACCAGCUACAGGUCCCGGAACUAACCGUCAUAAACCAACACCAGGUACCGGAUCUACUAGUCAGAGCCCAGCUCCAGGCGCUGGAACUACCAGUCCAAGACCAGCUCUAGGUGUGCGAACUACCAUUCUCAGACCAGCUCCAGCCACCGAUCCAGGGCCAAUUCCCAUCCCCAGGUCCAUCCCUACGAACCAGGGGCCCCCUCCAGCAUCUGAUGAAUCCAUCCAGAGACCUCCGCCAGUCAAGCCAGCCGACAGAGUGCCGACGGUGGCCAUGAUCAGCGACUACAUGGGUUUCGAACCUGAUCUGUUCCCCCACACCUGUAGUCUCUGUAACAAACCUUGUGCUGCCAUGAAGGACUGGCUGGACCACAAGAAGCACAAAGUCCACCGGGCCAGCUGCCAACUGCUAAGCAGACAGUAUUCCGAAUGGGAGCCCGAUGCAAUAACAAUCGACUCGGACCCUGAAGAAUCCCAGCAACCCCCCACGACUACCACAGACACCGCUUCCUCCCAGAGUUCCAGGCCCAGUCUUCAGCCGACCAGCCAUGGAGGUCCUGCCCCAUCAAACUCUGCACCUCCUUUGACAAGGACCUCAGUGGACACAAAGAUUUUGGAAACGGGCAAGUCUCGGUCUCCACAGAGGCUGAGAUCAAGGUCAAAGUCUUCAGGAAGGAAAAGAUCAAGGUCAAAGUCUUCAGGAAGGAAAGGAUCAAGGUCAAAGUCUCCACAGACGAAGAGGUCAAGAUCUCGUCAGACAAAGAGGGCAGGGUCAAAGUCUUCAGGAAGGAGGCGGUCGAGUUCAAGGGAGAGGUCAACGUCCAGCGGGAAAGCUAACUCACCCCAUAGCUCAAGACCUGUCCACAGUAGAAGCCGCUCCCGGUCCUCUACAAACUCCUCCUCCAGCUCCGACCGUUACCAUGGCAAAAGGCCGUCCUCGCCAGCCAGAAGGUCUAGGCGAAGGUCUGGGUCCCCACGAAGGGGUCGGAGGUCACGUUCCCAUUCACCAUGGAGACGAACCCGCAAGUCCCGCUCUGGGUCUCGAUCCCCUCACCCCUCCUCUCAGCGAAGACGGUCGCGCAGUCACGAUGGGAGGUCUUCGGGUCGCAGACAAGAGGAGACCAGCGUAGAACAGCUGGCCAAGAAACUACUGGAAUCCUCUGGUGUCCAGAGCUUCACUGGCUCCUCCAGUCUAGAGCUUGUGGUCCAGACUCUGGCCCCAGUGCUGCUGGCAGAGCUGGCCAAGCUGAAGGCCGCUUCAUCAUCAUCCUCUGAUUCAUCUAAAGAAAAGAAGCCAUCCCCCUCCUCCUCAUCUAGAGAUGAACAGAAGCAGUCAUCCUCCUCAUCUAGAGACGAGAAAAAGCCAUCCUCCUCCUCCUCAUCUAGAGAUGAACAGAAGCCGUCAUCCUCGUCAUCUAGAGACAAGAAGAAGCCAUUCUCCUCUUCCUCAUAUAGUGAUGAACAAAAGAAGUUCUGCUCUUCAUCUAGAGACGAGAAGAAGCCAUCCUCCUCUUCCUCAUAUAGAGAUGAACAAAAGCAGUCAUCUUCUUUAUCUAGAGACGAGAAGAAGCCACCCUCCUCUUCCUCAUCUAGAGACGAGAAGAAGCAGUCAUCCUCUUCAUCUAGAGACGAGAAGAAGCAGUCAUCCUCUUCAUCUAGAGACGAGAAGAAGCCAUCCUCCUCUUCCUCAUCUACAGAUGAGAAGUUGUCAACCUCAUCUAGAGACGAGAAGAAGCCAUCUUCCUCAUCUAAAGACGAGGAGAAGCCACCAUCCUCUUCCUCAUCUAGAGACGAGGAGAAGCCUCCAUCCUCUUCCUCAUCUAGAGACGAGAAGAAGUCAUCAUUCUCUUCCUCAUCUAUUGCUGAACAGAAGCAGUCAGCCUCUUUGUCAUCUAGGGACGAGAAGAACCCAUCCUCUUCCUCUAGAGAUGAAGAGAAAGAAUCUUCCUCCUCUAGAGAUGAACAGAAACGGUCUUCUCCGUAUAUAGAUGAACAAAAGCAGUCAUCUUCCUCAUCUCGAGAUGACCACAAACAGGCAUCCUCUUCUUCGACCAAAGGAGGGAAGGAACCACCUUUGUCCUCGUCCUCUUCCUCUGCCUCUACCCAGGAAAUCAAGAAGGUGCUGGUUAAGAAGAGUGCACCAACGAUGUCUUCUAAACCUCAGGGGUCGGGUCUCCUGGGCUUCGUACCGGCCCACCCUCCCCUGCUCCUGUCUGGGCUUCCCUCCACGGUCACCAAGCAGCAGGUGAUCUCCGCUGUGGAGAAGUUGGGAAAAACACGAUUCAUUUAUUUGGAUGAACAUCGGCAAGAGGCUAUAGUGUACUUUCUACAAGCGACUGCAGCGAAGGCGUUGCUGCGUUUUACGGAGCUGAAGAUCGGAGGAAAUCCAAUCACAGUGACCCAGAUCCAGAAGUCCGUUUCCCCGAAGCUGAAAGAGAAUCAGGCCAGUACCAAGCCAGGAAGCAGGGCACUCCCCGGCGACAAGACGACCACGCCCGGCGACAAGACGACCAUGCCCGGCGACGAGACGACCACGCCCGGCGACGAGACGACCCCGCCCGGUGACGAGACGACCAUGCCCGGCGACGAGACGACCACGCCCGGCGACAAGACGACCACGCCCGGCGACAAGGCGACCAAGCCCGGCAACGAGACGACCACGCCCGGCGAAAAGGCGACCACGCCCGGCGAAAAGGCGACCACGCCCGGCGAAAAGGCGACCACGCCCGGCGACAAGACGACCACGCCCGGCGACAAGACGACCACGGCCGGCGUCAAGACGACAACGGCCGGCGUCAAGACGACAACGGCCGGCGUCAAGACGACCACGGCCGGCGUCAAGACGACCACGGCCGGCGUCAAGACGACCACGGCCGGCGUCAAGACGACCACGUCUGGUAACAAGAAGACCACGACCGGCGACGAGACGACCACACCUGGCAACAGGACGACCACGCCCGGCCAUAGGACGAUCACGCCCGGUAACCAGACCACGCCCGGCGACGAGGCGACCACGCCCGGCGACGAGACGACCACGCCCGGCGACGAGACGACCACGCCCAGUAACGAGACGACCACGCCCGGCGACAAGACGACCACGCCCGGCGACAAGACGACCACGCCCGGCGACAAGGCGACCAAGCCCAGCAACGAGACGACCACGCCCGGCGAAAAGGCGACCACGCCCGGCGAAAAGGCGACCACGCCCGGCGAAAAGGCGACCACGCCCGGCGAAAAGGCGACCACGCCCGGCGACAAGACGACCACGGCCGGCGACAAGACGACCACGGCCGGCGUCAAGACGACAACGGCCGGCGUCAAGACGACAACGGCCGGCGUCAAGACGACCACGGCCGGCGUCAAGACGACCACGUCUGGUAACAAGAAGACCACGACCGGCGACGAGACGACCACACCUGGCAACAGGACGACCACGCCCGGCCACAGGACGAUCACGCCCGGUAACCAGACCACGUCUGGUAACAAGAAGACCACGCCCGGCGACGAGGCGACCACGCCCGGCGACGAGACGACCACGCCCGGCGACGAGACGACCACGCCCAGUAACAAGAUGACCACGCCCGGUGACAAGAUGACCACGCCCGGCGACAAGACGACCACGCCCAGUAACAAGACGACCACGCCCGGUGACAAGACGACCACGCCCGGUGACAAGACGACCACGCCCGGUGACAAGACGACCACGCCCGGCGACAAGACGACCACGCCCGGCGUCAAGUCGACCACGCCCGGCGACAAGACGACCACGCCCGGCGACAAGACGACCACGCCCGGCGACAAGACGACCACGCCCGGCGACAAGACGACCACGCCCGGCGACAAGACGACCACGCCCGGCGACAAGACGACCACGCCCGGCGACAAGACGACCACGCCUAGUGACACGAACGUGUCCAUUGUAUCCAGGAUACGACCACCUGUUCCUCGGCUACACCCAGAGUGCAGAAUCUCCCCCACUGUCCUCUUCCUCAAAUCCAUAAAAUGUAUCGACGUGCGGAGUUGGUCACUGGCGGAAUUCCAGCCCUUCGCGAGCCGCGGGGCCACCAUGAUUGUGACCGGUCUGCCUGACAGGGCCCGGGGCCCCUACAGGGAGACGGAGAUGAUACGGGUCCUGGAGGGGUUUAGCAGGACCAAACUCGACAAAUACUUCAUCCUUCCUGACAACUGCACGGCAUUUGUAGAGAUGGUGGCCAAUAAGAUGGAGCGGCUGAUGGAUGUGCUGGCCAAUGGAUUGCCCAUGAACGGUGGCUUGCUCCGUUGUCACCUUCUGAAGGAGAACGCACUCAGAUCUCCGAUCGCCUUCUAUAAACAGCUGCUGACGUGGAGUGAAAAGCUUUAUGAUGAGACUACAUUGGAGUACCGACUGGUGUACAUCAGCAACAUUCCUGAUGACUACUACUGGAUGAAGGCCUUCCACGAAGGCAUCACCAAGACCGGAGGAGUCCGGGUCUACCUCCCGCUGAUGGGCAAGAUAUUUGUGGAGUUUGUCACGGGGGAGGAUGCGGACCGAUUCGGCGUCUGGCUGUCCAGCUUUAGUCCGGACCCAAGGGUUGAGAACCCUGUCCGUGUCACGCGUCCCGGCAUGGUCCCAGACAUGGACGCGAUCUGCCCAGUCCGUACCAACAUCAGUCAUAAAGCCGUGGUGAGUGGGUUGCAGCCUCCCUUCUGGCUGGUGGUGCCCACCCGGCCCCACUUGUACCCCACCCUCUCCCCCCAGUUCUACACCCCUGCACACAGGACGGUGAAAGGGCCACGGGAUGUCGAGUGGGCAGAGAUCAGUAUAAUUGGGCAGAGUGUAGUCAUGGUGACAGGGCUGCCGUUGGGCGGUUACAGACAUCUGGACCUCGUGAACGAGGUGGUGCCUUACUUCGUCGAGAUGGACAUCAGCCGUGUGUUCUACUCCGUAGUGAUACUACCUCUGCAGAGAAGGGCCUUCAUCCACUUUGACGACGGUUUGAAGUGUAAGGAGUUUGUCUCCGAUUUCCUCCACAAGCCGUUCACUAUCGGAGGAUCUGACCUCACCCUCCACUUCCUCCUGGACCAUCUUAAGCCCUGCACCUCAGAGCUGAAAUUGUACAAGCGACUGCUUCAAUGGAGCCAUGUGGUGCCUAAGGAGAAAGCGUCAAAGGACCAGCUGUUGAUGACGGAGAUUGAGUACUGCAGCAUGAGAGCGCUGAAGUUUAUAUUUGACAUCAUGGAGACCACCCAGUACCUCAGCUGCCUGGUCCUCUCUAACCGGGUGGUUUUCCAGAUCCCUUGUGAAACUGAUAUGUACAAUUUAAUUGCAAAUCUCAUCGUGGAAACAAACGACAAACUAGUCAAUGAAAGGUCUAUAUAUUUUCCAAAACCAUACCAAUUUCAAACGAGAUUUAAGUUCAUAAGGUCCAAAAUGGUUCCAAGAAGAUUCCAGGGAUUGCGUAAGCUUGCCACAACCACGUCUGGCCAAUCAGCUUUUCCACACCCAUCAGCGCCUGGCCAAUUAGCUGCCUCUCUCCGGACCUACGCCCCGCCCCCUGCUGCCCCUGCAGAACGCUGCGCCUCAGCCCACGACCAGGACUGGCCCCCGGGCUCCGGCCCCAAGCCUACAGCCCUGAGUCAGGAGAUGUACCGCUUCUUUGCUACGGCCAUCCACCAGCAUCGCCAGGCAAGAGUUGGACAGGAAGUGGGCCGAGGUGGACAGGAAGUGGGCCGAGGUGGACGGGAAGUGGGCCGAGGUGGACGGGAAGUGGGCCGAGGUGGACGGGAAGUGGGCCGAGGUGGACGGAAAGCGAGCCAGGAGAAAGUGACCGCCUCGGGGGAGGGCCGUUCUUUGUCCCAGCAUGUUGGGAGGAGCCAGAUCCCUCCUCUGUCCUCCUCCUCCAGCAACUCCUCUCCUCUCUCCCGGAGGAGCAGGGCCGACGGGAGCCCGCCACCCAAGAGAGAGCGGCGUGGGCAGAAGGAGACCAUGGAGAGUAAAGGUGUCUCUGAGGCCCUGAUAGAGGACCCACCUGGACUACAGGAGGAGGGGUUUAAGCCUGGCAAAUUCAUCGUCAUAGAUGAGGUCGGUGACGAGGCGGAGCCCAUUGUUAUCUCCUCCUACCACUCUGAGGCCUGUGACCCUCAGACCAGGCCCUCACACAUAACCAAGGAGAAGGAGGUGCCAUCAGACCAGCAGGUCUCAGAGGAGGUCCCUCGCACCUCCUCCUACUACUCCUCUACCUCUAGAGGAGUCGAGUCCAACACCUCAACGACAGCCCACUCCUCAUCCUUGUCUGGAGCCACAGCGUCCUCCUCAUCUUCUUCCUCUUCUCUCCCCCCUCCGGCCGGAGUAGUCCCUUCCUCUUCUGAGCAGAACACACGACAGAAGAAGUGUGAAGAAUCUCCUGCCCAGGUGUCUGAAGAUGAUGAGCCUAACAGCCAGGAAGCGACAAGCAUGACUACCACGACCGAGGUGGAUUCUCUUCCUGCUUGUAAACCAAUCACAAAGGACGGGUCACAGUGGGAAGCAGCUAUGGUAUGUGAAGUUGACAUGGCGAGGUUUGGCCACAUGUUAGCAGCAGAGACCUCUGCAGUGAAAAGUGCAGCAUCACUGACAGGAAAGGAUGUCUUACACACUGAUCCAUGUCUGGAGGAAGAGGGGAAGAGGAAGGCCCAGCAAGAGUUAACCCUCACAGGAAAGGAUGUGGUCGUCUCUCCCAGCGAAGACAUGAAGGAGAACAGAGUAGAGGUGGACGAAACACAAGAGCAGCUGGGUGAUGAAAAGUCAAGCGACCAGAUGCUCCAUUCGAGGCCAGAGUGUGGCGAGGAGACGCCACACCAAACCCCGGUCCAGCCUGAGACACCAGGCCUCCCUGACCCUGAGAGCCAGACCUCUGAACCCCAAGAGGAGGGAAUGUUGGCCAAAGUCGCUGAUGAAGCUGAGCCAUUCCAGGAGGUCCUCCUGGAAGAGGAGAAGGAGGCAAUUGUAGAGGAACAAACCCCAACGGUAGUUUCAGAGGCAGCUGACGCUUUACUCAACGGUGCAUCGACAGAGGAAGGAGACACCCACCAGCUCAUGGACUGUGUUGAGGGAUCUCCUCCCAAAAAGGAGCAGGAGAACAGCAAGGACCCCACAGAGGAGGAGCUGACCAACAAGAGGCCUGCUGUAGAGGAGGGGGCUUCUGAAAUGGAACAGCGACGAUCUAAAAGAGGUAACCCCAGUCACCCCAGUCCAGCGAUCAAGCUGCUGUCCACCAGGCACUCCACACCCACCAGGAAGAGGGAAAGCCCUGCGGAGGACCCAGUCGUGGACUCUGAAAUGCAGGAGCCACAUGAUGACAAGCAGCCUGCUGCUGGAAAGAGAAGGAGUGGACGAGGGAGGAAAGAGGAGGUGCCGGUGUCUGGGACAUCCAAAAUGGCCGCCAAAGAAGGUCAACAGAGGGUGAAGGACAAUGAGGAGGAGGUGUACCAGGUGGUCGACUCCAUCGAAGAAAAUCACCAAGAGGAGGCCCACGUCAACUCCUUAGGUCCAGCGAGGAGGAGCAGUCUGGCAAAGACCAGAGCCACCAGAACGUGUUCUAAAGCAUCCAAGGGGGAGGAGCCACAGUACCAGGUGGGGAACUCUAAGGGGGAGCAGGAGGAACAUAUACAAGUCGAGGAACAGCUUUCAGAGGAGCCUUUAAGAGGGAAGAGAGGUCGUAAGGUCACAGGCAGCGAUGCCAAGACAGAACAUGAAGCAACAAAGAAGAGAAGAACCACGGAGCAAACACCCACACCCCUUCCGGAUAACCAAUCAGAGGCUAGGUUGGAUUCUGAGUCUGUUGUGUCUCAGGAGCAGAUGGUCUAUGACGAAGAGAAAGAUUCAUCCUCCAUCAUCGGUGAACGUAAACAAAGCGAGGGACAAGCAGCGUCCAGCAAAGCGAGGAGGAAGGAGCGAGGGGCGGAGCCUAAGACAGUUCGCUCUCUCGCUUCCUCUGUUGCCAAGGAAUACACCCUGCCCCCCUUCACCCCCUACAACCCCCUGGGGAUGGAGCAUGUGGUUCCUAAGGCUGGGUUCUACUGUAAUCUGUGUUCUGUGUUCUACGAAGACGAGACCAGAGCCAGGACACUGCACUGCAGCAGCUUGGGUCACUACCACAACCUGAAGGUGUUUUACAAGAAACUAAAAGAGGAACAAUCAAGGAGCCAAUCAGGAGACUCAGCUCCUGGCCACUCCCCUGGAUGAUGCUAGCCUACCUGCUCACGACAAUCUUUUCAGCUGUUUCAGAGGUCUAUACUUCCCAGGUCGUUAUGAGACGGUGUUUACGUUUAAUUGGCAGAUGGCACUGGUCUUACUGGUUUUCUAUUCUUUCUUCACGUGUCUGAACUGAUUGGGGCUGCUUUCUUAAAGUGAUGUCCUUACUGUUUCCAGUUAGGACAUCACUUACUGGAAAUGUGAGCUCUCAUCUGGACUUGAUAUUUGGAAUAUAUUUAAUUUAUUACUCAAUGUAUCAUCUGUAUAAUAUGUUUAUAUGUCUUUAUGUAACCAGUUUGAUACUUAACAGUUAAUAAAAAAGUUUUUUUUGUAACA